UCAAUGAGUGUUACUGUGUGGGUUCCAUGUCCUUCAUUUAGUGGCUGGAUUCUGCUUUUACCAUCACUGACAGCACCUUGGAUUUUGGACUCGGGACCGCUGCUUCACGUGCAGCACUCAACACAAAACCUGCGUUUGUUUUGCGCGGAUUGUGUAGCGUGUUUUACUCUAACUUUAUGCACGAAAUGGAAUGCAGAGUGUUGUCAAUUCAGAGUCAUGUUGUCAGGGGAUAUGUUGGCAAUAAAUCGGCAUCGUUUCCGUUACAGGUGCUGGGGUUUGAGGUGGAUUCAAUCAACUCCGUGCAGUUCUCCAAUCAUACAGGCUACUCUCACUGGAAAGGUCAAGUGCUGACUGCAGACGAGCUGCACGUUCUUUACGAGGGGAUCAAGCUCAACAACGUCCACCAUUACGACUAUGUUCUCACAGGAUACACUCGAGACACGUCCUUCCUUGAGAUGGUGGUGGACAUCAUACAGGAGCUGAAGAGGGCCAAUCCUAACCUUGUGUACGUGUGUGACCCGGUGCUUGGUGACCACGGCUCCAUGUAUGUUCCACAGAACCUGCACCCAGUCUACAAGAACAAAGUGGUGCCAGUGGCGGACAUCAUCACACCCAAUCAGUUUGAAGCAGAGCUGCUGACUGGGAAGAACAUUAGUACAGAGAAGGAUGCGGUGGAGGUUAUGGACCUGCUCCAUAAAAUGGGCCCUGACACGGUGGUCAUCACCAGCUCUGACCUUCCCUCACGUCUGGGAGACCGCUUCCUGGUGUCACUGGGCAGCCAGAGGACCAUGAUGCCCGAUGGCACCAAGUCCACCCAGCGGGUCCGUAUGGAGAUCCCCAAGGUGGACGCCGUGUUUGUGGGGACGGGGGACCUUUUUGCUGCCAUGCUGCUAGCCUGGACUCACCACUACCCCAACGACCUCAAGACUGCAUGUGAGAAGACAUUUUCUGUCAUGCAUCAUGUUAUUCAGAGGACCAUCUCCUAUGCUCAUGAGUUAGCGGGUCCUGGCCGAAGACCAAGCCCGCCUCAGCUGGAGCUGAGAAUGGUUCAGAGCAAAGCGGACAUCGAGGACCCCGCUAUCGUGAUGGAGGCUACUGUCCUAACCCUAUAGAGCCCCCCCCCCUUCCAUCUCCCACCACCAAACCCUCCCGCGCCACAAUCGCACAAUGUAUAGGUGUUGUACAUUUUGAUCUGUAAUGUGACAUUGCCUUAGAAAUCUCUUACAGAGCACAACAUUUCCAUAUGAGGAGACUUAGCAGGGUAUGGAUGGACAGACAUCGGGAGAGGAAGAGGAGGGGGAAGAUCUUACUGGGACGGGGCAUGGCGGGCUCGGGUGGGACGGAGGCUAGUGCAGUUUAUGCACGUCCCUUUUGGAAACUUGGUCUUUCCUAAUCUCUUCCACUCCCUCUAUGAGCUGGCCUAACCUAUUGCUUUGUCCUGCACACACAGCUACACAGCCCAGGUCUGGCCUUGGCUUUGGCCAUGCAUCUCAUGGGUUUGUUGGGAGUUCCAGCACUAGGUACCUAUAGUGGUUAUGUGGUGGCCCAACUAUAGCCAAGCAACUUGAUAAAUAUUCCUUUAACCCUCAUGUUGAGGAGGGAACAGUGUCAGCGGGAUUUCCUAGUGACGACAUUGAGUCAUUGACAACCGACACUGAAAACAUUUUAAGUUCUGGAAACGCUUCCUUGCACUUAUGUUUGUCCUGUCCCAACAUAGUCCUUCAGGGGUGUCUUGCUAUUCUUUUUUUUUUUAAUACAAUGUUUUAAUGAAACUUGACUGUUGGUGAGUAAAUGUUGUUGCUGGCAAAUCCCGCUACCAAUAACAAAAUUAGUAGCAAAAUCUAAAAUACCCACUGUAUAUAUUUUCAAACAAAUGUGUGUUAAAGAAACAUUCACUAAUGUACAGUGCCUUUGGAAAGUAUUGAGAACCUAUGUUUGUUUUCCAAAUUGAGCUCUGAUGCCUUCCGUGUCCACUAAUCAUCCUUGAGAUGUCAAUUGAUUAAACAUGAUUUAGAAAGACUCAUACCUGUCUAUACAAGGUGCCACAGUGCAUGUCAGAGCAAAAAUGUGGCUGGGAAGUCCACGGAACCCUCAGUAGUUCUCCAAUAGUUUUUUAUACAGAAUAAGUAACCGGGUAUGAAGGGCCUUGGAAAGGGGGGUGACGAAGAACCCAGUAGACACUAACAGAGCUGAUGGACUCUGAGACCAAAAACAUAGGCCUGAAUGUCAAGCAAACAAGGGACAGGUCAUCACCUGGCUAAUGUCCUCCCUACGGUGAAGCGUGGUGGUGGGAGCAUCAAGCUAUGGGGAUGCUUCUCAGCAGCAGGGAAUGGGAAGCUGGUCAAGACUGAACGAAGGAUGAACAAAGCCAAAUACAAAGAAGUUCUUGAAGAUCUUGAUCCAGAGCACAGGAUUUCAGACUGGGGCAAAGAUUCAGCUAUGAGAUUUGACAGCAGACUUAAGCACAGAGCCAAGACAACACAGAAGUGGCUUCUGGACAAGUCUUUGAAUGUCUUUUAGUGACAAGACGAUCAAUGGCAAGAAUCUAUAUUUAAUGAACUAUAAAUAAGUCUAUAACACAAAACAAUUGAGGAAGUGAAGGAGACUGAAUACUUUCCCAAGGCACUUUGUAUCAUGCAUUAAAAAUACAUUAUUUAGCAAAUGUUUUAUGUUUUGAAUCUAAUUCAUCCAAAAGAAAAUAUAUUUUAAAUGUAAUAUAUUUUAAAUAUAUUUUUUUCUGUAAUGUUCUUCUUCACUCCUUAAAUCAGGACUGUAAAAGCAGACCAAGUUGAGGUAUUUGGCUAGCCUGGCCGAAGCCUAUCUAAGGUCAUACUUUACCUGGCCUGAAAAUCAACAAACCAACAGUCUGUCAAUCAAUUAAGCCAUGUGAAAUACAUGUACAGUUAAGGGCAGCUUACUGAUCAGGGAUAUGAUAGAAUCCGAGGCACUUAUGUGAGUGUAGUGGUGACUUGGAACCUUUUUACCUCAUGUGUCUGAACCGGACAAUGGUUGUGUGUUGGUUCUUAAAUCAAUUGUCUGUGUUCGAUGCUUAGAUCAUGAUCAGUGAAAGAUCAUUGUAAGCACGUCACCAACUUUGUGGUUGUUUGUUCUUGUGAUUGUCAUCUACAAUGUGUGAAAUGCUGGAGAUCUCACUUUUCAACAUUUCCUGUAUGAUUCUUGUGUCUUCAAAUUUCAAUGUUAUUGAAAUUGCCAUGUGUGUGUCUUUUUCUUUUGUUCAAAAUUGGUUGCAAGAACUUGCAAGGAUAAUCUACACUUGAUCUUUUACAUGCAACUUAAGCAAAACAUAUACAUAUGUAUGUAUUUGUAUAUUUUCAUAUCUUGGGCAGUUAGGAUAUUGCUAUGGUUCGUAUGUCCAUGCCAGUCGUGUGAAAUUAUAUUAGUGAUCUAUCGUUUGGCCAACUUUCUCUUCGUGUGAGAGUAUAUUAGUGACCUAUCGUUUGGCCAACUUUCUCUACGUUUUGCGUCUGCCCUAGCUUUGUGGGGAGUACUCCAUAUCUUUAGCUGAGUUCUAAAGAAUGAACACAGUGAAAAAAGCUGAUCUUUCUAGUGAUGCUUUGCAACAGGGACUCAAAGGUAAGGAACCAACAACUCGGACCAGGGGAGUGUCUGUGUGCAGGACCAAUCAGGGGUUAGUUUUGCUCUGACUGACAUGUACUUAACUCCUCAGCUUUUCAUGAAUCCAGUGAACUGUUUAAUCUAUGUUCCAGCUGUGUGUUACUGUACAUUUGUGUGUUUGUGUGUAUGAGAGAGUAUGUAAGUUUUAAGUGUAUAUUUUCUCUGUAAUGGGGUUUGGGGGUUUUAGGGCAGGGCUUUGCGUGGGGGGGAAACUGGUAAAAGAAAAAAAAAAUAGAGAAGCAAUGACUUAUCAACCUGAAACUAGCCUUUACGGUGCUCUCAUAGGGAUAUCCCACCUGCUGCCUGAUUUAGCAGCAGUGUGGUUUGUUGGCUGUGCCAGCUUUUGAACCCAAAAACUGUAUGUGGGUACAUUUUCAAAACAAAUGGAAGCACCUAAAACUGCCAUUGAGUGGCCCGAGUGUGCACUUUGAGUUGGAGCUUGGGUUGGGUGGAGGCCAUCUGUGUCUUCUGGCAAGAUACUAUAUGCUGGUCUCAAGUAAGUUUCAAAAUUGAGUCUGGUCACAUGGCCAAAGUCUUCAGAUCUCCCAGUAUUUUGUGAGAAACGAUGGAAACAGUUUGAACGUUUUGACUAUUACUGCAGCAAUGUUUUAGCUCAUCCCCCUAGAAGUAGAGGGAAUAGUUCACGGUGGAUGACAAAGUUGUGUGUAUGUAUAUACAGUAUAUUUAAAAAUGUCAUGGUCAUGUUUGUACUGUGGAUGAUUUGUGGGUGAGUGAUUGCCCAGUUUCUGAAACGUGUUUGAGGGCACUGCCUUGAAUCCGAUGGGAUGUUAUGGUAUCCGUUCUUCCCUAAUAUUCAGGCAAUAGCAUAUGGCUCGAUAACAGUGAUGGUGAAACCAAAAAAUGGGUUAUGGCUGAUUGUAGACAUGUAAUGGUCAUGCAACAUUUUGUGUCUUGGUCUUCAAGUAAGAAAGUAAUGCCUGCCCUUUACCUGUUCCUUUGUUUGGACCAAUGUGUUUGCCGUAGUGUUUCACUCUCUCCUAAAAUAUUCCCUUUGGCAAAGUAUAAUAACAUGUAUCCAAGCAACGGUAGGCAACACUAGUAUAUCCACCAUGAUGUCAGUACAGAAAGGGUGUGCUUUGACUUAAGCGCUACUGAGCGCCCCUACUACCCCCAGCCUUUGUAACUGUAUCUGUCCCUUAGCGGUUUUAACAGUGACCAGUCUAUGCUUGGCUCUUUUGUUUUCUGGUUCUUAUGUUAAAGAUUUUUAUUUUUAAAAUGUUUCUUUUCUCAAUGGGCAAACCAUGAAAUGUAUUAACUGUUUGGUAAAGUUUUUAGUGCUUCGUUUUUUGAGCCUGAAUAUUUUAUAACAUGUUACAAUGAAGAUUGUAGUGUACAAAUCCACAUUUAUAAUAUAUAAUAUGUAUGUUAUGACGCAAUAAAGAGAAAUGAAUGAUUAUAUUAUAUCCACCUACAUUUUUUCUGUGAAUAAUGAGUAUCAGUACACUGCUGAAGGAAAUAACUACUCUGUGUUCCCCAUCAUGGAAGUUAAUAGCUAAAAUAUUGUACCGAAAUCUAAAAUAUUAAGUUAAAAUAUUCCAGAUAAAACUAAAAUGGUUGAAAACAAAACUAAAGAGACUUAAAACAUAUGGUCAAGUUCUUACAUUUUGUUCAUUCAUGUUUUGGAUACUAGAUAUGACAGCCAAGCAACUUGACCCUCUGCCACUUCAGUGAAAAGGGUUUUAUAAAAAACACUGCUUAGAGAUGUACAGUGAGGGAAUUUUAAUUUUUUUUCAUCCCCUGC